CCUUCUGUCCCUCCAGCCACGCACACACUGGCAGAGCUGCAGUCUGCAGUGGAUUGUACAGUAAAAACCUACAGCUGCCUGGGAAUUCUAAACUAAUCUCUCAAAGUCUGGGAUAGGACGGUGAACAAGAGAGAGAGAGAGAGAGAGAGAGAGAGAGAGAGAGAGAGAGAGAGAGAGAGAGAGAGAGAAAGACGACGAGAGAUUUGUUCUAAAUAAUUUCCUCAGCGUGUAGCCGGAGGACAGAGAUGAUGGAGACCAAAGUGUGGAUUGCUCUUUGUGCGCUGCUGCUCGUUCACUGUGGAUCCAGCGCUGAAGACCACACUGCUGCUACUGCCGCCUCCCAAAGUGUGACCCCUGAGGCUCUAACUGUUGCCGAGUCAUCAAACGGCUCCGACCCAAAUGCGAAUACAAGCGGCACCGGCAGUUUGAGUGGCAACGCAACGACAAAGGGGGAAACCGUCUCUGUGACCCCCGACAUAAAGAAAGUUACCAACAUUGUCUCUCCCAAGGAGACUGCCGUUCCGGAAAACAAGGCGACAACACAGCCUUUACUUCCUCCUUCCCCUACCUCUCACACCCCCACCACUACCCCCACCACCAGCAUCACCUCCACCAGCAUCACCUCCACCAGCAUCACCUCCACCACCACCACCGCCGGCCCCACACACACAACUCACACCACCACCACUGUAGACACACCGACCACCACGCCACAAACAGAAACAACACAUCAUGCUGCACUUCCUGACUCUGCUACACCAUCAAACCAGCCCACUCACAACACAACACUAUCACCCACUUUGGUCCCAACAACUGAGCCACCAAAACCCAAAACCACCACCACCGCCAUCAUCACCGCCAGUUCAAUAUCCAGCACCAGCUCCUCUCAAGAGGGCCCCAGUUCUGAGGCGUCGACGCUCACACCUCCACAAAACACCUCACAGUUCGACGGACACCCCGAGGCCUCAAGCGAAGCCCACACGACGCACACCGUCAACCCGCCGAGCAGGCCCUCCACCCAGACCAAACCCCAUGCUGAGAACCCCUCUCAGCUCAACGUCGGGGAUGACCCAACGAUGGUCCACGAUUCUCCCACAUUAGACCCGCUCCUGGCUGGCCUGGUGUCAGCCUUCAUCAUCACUGCGGUCAUCAUCACUCUGCUCCUCUUCCUCAAACUGCGGCGGAGACACAACCGACCAGAGUUCCGCCGGCUGCAGGACCUCCCUAUGGACGAUAUGAUGGAGGACACACCCUUGUCCAUGUACAGCUACUGAUGGAGGAAUGACUGAAAGAUUUCGGCGCUCAAAUACUCUCCUUGAAUCCCGGCCUUAAAUCUGCACCAAACAGAGAGAAUUCUGGGUAGGUGUGAGCGAACUCAUCUAGAUUACCGACACGUAGUAAAAGACACGAUUGAAAGCUGCAAUGGACAAUGAAGACAUCACGCAUGUUGGGGUCGUUUUGAGCAAAACGUCUAUUUUGGUGCCUGUAAUUACAAAUAAGCCCCACUUCUCUGUUGAAUACUGUGUGCUUCAUAUUUUUUCAGCCCAUCUUUUGGGCAGUGGGAGUUUGUAUAAUAUAUUUAGAUUUCCCUAGCAGCAUCAUCUGUUGCGUCCAUCAUUAGGAUGGUUCACCCCUGGACACAGACUCUCACCUGAGGGCACCGGUCUAAUUAUUCAGUGUUACAAAGUCUGACGGAAAACCAAAAAGUCUGUCAGUCUGACUGAGAAGCCAGAGAAGAUAGGUGAACAUAACAAAUGACCCGAUUAUAGUGUUAAAAAAAAAAAAAAGAGUUGCACUUUACUUUUUCAGUAGUGUGUGUGAGGAAAGAAUGCGUAGCAGUGAGUGUGUUUGCAGGUGUGUGAGUCUGUUAAAGGUGUGUGUGUGGAUUUUUGAAGGUGUGACAGGGGAUAUUUAAUUGGUUUCCUGUUUUUCUAUUUUUUAAGUUUGUGUUUUGAAGGUCCUGCUGGCUUUUGGCCUGAUUUUGAUAUGUGCAGUGUGUGUUUUUUUUGUCUCUUUCCUGGAGUCUCAUGUCCAGGAAAGAGUGCCUUACACCGUAUAGGAACAGCUCUUUAUUGCAGACUGUAUUUGUAUUCAAACCAACUAACUUCAUUCCCAGUGCUUAGUGCGACUGCCACUUUAACGCACACACACUCUCUCUCUCCGGGAGCAUAGCUGCUCUGACAUGCCUGUGUUUGAACACUCAGGCCUGAGCGUGUUCACCGUGAGGCACACAGUUGCAGACUGAACCCGGCCGGUGGCCUUUCCACACGAUGUUGGCAAAUACUACUGACGAUUGCAUCACACAAAGACAACUUGUCAUCUUAGUUGCUGCUUCAGCGUUCACCAGUUUAAAAAGAAAACGUUACAUGUGACCCGACGGUAUCUCAUUGAUUAUAAUAAUGCGCAGCGGCUUCGGGAAUGAGACGCACACAGGACGACAGAACAAACACCCCGUCGUUAGAAAUCAACCGGAGCUAAUACUUGUGUUCACUAUUUAAUGUUUGUGCCAUGAAUGACUACAGACGGGUGACAAAUUAAAGGAAAAGUCCACAUUAAAUGUCUUAGUAAGGACGUUUGGCCACAAUGGGUCUUCAAAACAGCUCUUCUCCUAGAUUACACAAGUCUCUACUGGAGGAAAGGAGAGAUCUUUCCUCACUUUUGUCACUCGUCUGUACGUCCAGUUCUAAAUUAUACACUUGAGAUUUCUAAAAUUAAGUGUUGAAAAUUGUCUGUAAGUGUCGUGAAUGCACAACAAGGCUUUGCAGCCAGAUGUGGAUUAUGGACUGUUAGUGUUUUAUGAUUAAAGGUAUUUUGAAAUCAU